AUGGGUUUUGAAGGUGAAAGAUGUGAACUGGAUAUUGACGUCUGCCUACUCUACAAUAUAAGCUGUGCCCCAGGAGCAGUGUGCAUGAAUAAAUCUCAUGGAUUUAAUUACACAUGUUUAUCACCAUGUAUUAGAAACACAAAGGUGUGUGCAAAUGGAGGUAGCUGUUACUAUGAUGAAGACAACCAAAGAUCUCACUGUGUUUGUGCUCUUGGGUGGACAGGACAAACAUGCCUGGAGAAUAUUAAUGACUGUGAGAUAAACCAGUGCCAACAUGGAGCCACAUGUGAAGAUGAAGUGAAUAAAUACAGGUGCAUAUGUCCCCUUGGUUACACUGGCACUUUCUGUGAAAUUGAUAUAGACAACUGCAUUGGAAACCAGUGCUCUGAGUAUGGCUUCUGCCAGGACCACUUGCAUAAUUACAGCUGUAUCUGCAUGGUUGGAUAUGGAGGACCCUUCUGUGAAGUUGAAAUUAAUGAAUGUUCAAGUUUACCUUGCAAAAAUGGGGCUAUCUGUAUGAAUCUAAUUGGCAACUUUUCCUGCCGUUGUGCUGAAGGAUUCAAAGUGAGGGUACUUGCUCCAGUUCAGAGAGACAUUUAA